CAUAUAGCAUUUAGGUUGCUUCACCAACUUCCUUUUCACUGUGGCCGCCAUAGCGUGUGGAGCGUCGUUUUUGGCGAGCCGGGAAAUAAUCACCGAAAAUGACCUGUGCCCGACCCCUGAUCUCGGUGUUUUCCGAGAAAGGAGAAUCUUCAGGCAAAAAUGUUGUCAUGCCUGCUGUGUUCAAGGCUCCAAUUCGUCCUGAUGUUGUGAAUUUUGUGCACACAAACAUGCGCAAGAACAGUCGCCAGCCAUAUGCAGUCAGUGAACUUGCAGGCCACCAGACCAGUGCUGAGUCCUGGGGUACAGGAAGAGCUGUGGCCCGUAUCCCUCGUGUCAGAGGUGGUGGUACUCACCGUUCUGGCCAGGGUGCUUUUGGAAAUAUGUGUCGUGGUGGUCGAAUGUUUGCCCCCACUAAAACCUGGCGCCGCUGGCAUCACAGGAUCAACACAACCCAGAAGCGCUAUGCCAUCUGUUCUGCCUUGGCUGCCUCUGCCAUUCCUGCACUUGUGAUGUCCAAGGGACACCGCAUUGAGGAAAUCCCUGAGGUCCCACUGUCUCAGGUCUACGCCUCUCAGCGCAUGCGUGCUGGUAAGGGUAAGAUGAGGAACCGCAGACGGAUCCAACGCAGAGGGCCAUGCAUCAUCUACAACCAAGAUGCUGGUGUCACCAAAGCCUUCAGGAAUAUCCCAGGCAUCACUCUGCAGAACGUGAACAAAUUGAAUCUCCUGAGGCUCGCCCCUGGUGGUCAUGUUGGGCGCUUCUGCAUCUGGACUGAGAGUGCUUUCCGCAAGCUGGAUGAGCUGUAUGGCACCUGGCGUAAACCUGCCUCCCUGAAGGUAGACUACAACCUGCCAAUGCACAAGAUGACCAACACAGACCUGAGCAGGAUUCUGAAGAGUGAGGAGAUCCAGAAAGCCCUUCGUGCACCUAACAAGAAGAUCAACCGCAGAGUACUGAAGAAGAAUCCUCUGAAGAACUUGAGGAUAAUGCUCAAACUGAACCCCUAUGCCAAGACGGCAAGACGUCAUGCCAUCCUCAAGCAUGACCCUACUAUCAAGGCCAAGAUGCUGAAACCUAAGAAGAAGAAGAAGCUUGGAAAGAAGGGAGCACCUGUCAAACCCCAGGCAUAAAUCUGUACAGACUGGAGUUCAGUGAUCAAUAAAUCACUUUCAAGAUAUGAGUCA